UUGCCCGCUUGCCGCUAGGAUCGCAGCAGUCGCACACUGAAAAACCCAAAACACAUUAGGCGCACUAACAACAGUGUUGCCCCUGUUUGGCGUGUUGGUAUCACUUUAGUUGCGAUACUCUUCCAAGAUGGCUGGCGGUCUUGAAGUUGAAAAACCUUCGGUUGAAGAACAAGUGAGAAAACUAAAGUUAUCUGGACAUGUUGGGUUUGAUAGCCUGCCGGAUCAACUAGUCUCAAAGAGUGUGCAAAAUGGCUUUGUGUUCAACAUUAUGUGCAUUGGUGAAACUGGUUUGGGCAAAUCCACAUUAAUGGAUUCUUUAUUCAACACAAACUUUGAAUCCAGUCCCAGUCCACAUUCACUACCAAAUGUAAAACUGAAGGCCCACACCUAUGAGUUGCAGGAGAGCCAUGUUAGGCUUAAGCUCACUAUUGUUGACACAGUUGGUUAUGGAGAUCAAAUCAACAAGGAGGACAGUUUCAAGUCUGUGGUGGACUACAUUGACAACCAGUUUGAGAAUUUCCUGCAGGAGGAACUGAAGAUAAAGAGGGCCCUCACAUCUUACAAUGACAACAGAAUCCAUGUCUGUUUGUACUUCAUCUGCCCCACUGGUCAUGGACUCAAGUCAAUUGACUUGGUCUGCAUGAAGAAACUAGACCAGAAAGUCAACAUAAUACCUAUUAUUGCAAAGGCAGACACAAUCUCAAAGGCUGAGCUUCAAAAAUUCAAGGUGAAAAUUGUUGAAGAACUGAAGAACAACGACGUCAACAUUUACGAGUUUCCCAUUGACGACGAGUCCGUGUCUGAGGUAAAUUCAACGAUGAACACGCAUAUUCCGUUUGCUGUCGUCGGCAGCACGGAUUUCAUGCGUGUCGGGAAUAAAAUGGUUCGCGCGCGACAAUAUCCCUGGGGUACGGUGCAGGUGGAGAACGAAUCUCACUGUGACUUUGUCAAAUUGCGUGAGAUGCUCAUUCGCACCAACAUGGAGGACAUGCGCGAGAAGACUCAUUGCCUGCACUACGAAUUAUACCGCAAAAGGCGCCUGGAACAGAUGGGUUUCAGUGAUGUGGAUGCUGACAAUAAACCAGUCAGCUUCCAGCAAACAUUCGAAGCAAAGCGUACGAAUCACUUGCAAGAACUGCAGCAGAAGGAGGACGAAAUGCGGCAGAUGUUUGUUGUGCGCGUCAAAGAGAAGGAAGCUGAAUUAAAGGAUGCUGAGAAGGAGUUGCAUUUAAAAUUCGAUAAGCUGAAAAAAGAUCACCAGGAUGAAAAGAAGAAAAUCGACGAGCAACGGAAGAAAAUGGAGGACGACAUCAUCGAAUUCAAUCGGCGCAAGUCACAACAUUCGCAAAUGACGAGCAACAGCCACCAUACCCUCACAUUAGGUAAAAAGAAAAAGUAAAGCCCAUGAAUCGCUUUUACACCAUAACAUAUAUAAUACAUGUCUCGCUGAUCAUGAUUAAAUUAACGUUUUGCAUUUUUAUACAAUUUGCCCUUGUGUAUCGGAAGGCAUUGGUAAGUACUUACAUUUUUCCAAGGAGUAGUGUGCGUGUAUUUAUUUAUUUGUCGCCAUUUUUGCAAAAUGCCAAUAAUGCGACACGCUAAAAACGCUAAAUAAAUUACAAUGUUAAAAUUAGAGCUAUUUUAUGUCGUAUAUGCACCGAAUGUAAAAUCUGGAUGAUACGUUUCUGCGUCUUCCCAAGGGCUAAUUAUUUGUAUAACAUCUUUAUAUAAUUUAAUGAGAAAUGUAUAUGCUACCAAAAAAUAUAUUUUAAUUUUUUAAUGAAAAUUAUGAAACGCAAAUUCAAAUUGCAAUAAUGUGUGCACAAUUGAAAUAGAAAUAAAAGAUAUUGCUGCUACAGAAA